CCGGGUGACCCGGAGCGCGAGAAUUCAGGGGGUGGAAAGGUGUGAGCCGCAAACCCAGAGGAGGGCGGGAAGGAGGAGGAGGCAGUGCCGGAGGUGGUCAAGGGAACUGGGGGUCCCGCCGGCAGAGGUCCCUUGGCCUCUUGACUGACUGACGGGCUGUCUGCGGCGGCCUCCGGCUCGGACGCUUGGACUGCUUGCGGGGCGGCGCCGUGAGCGGAGCCAUGGCCUCCGGUGGGUAUAGCCCAUAUAUAGAGAUAAUUGAACAACCCAGGCAGAGGGGAAUGCGUUUUAGAUACAAAUGUGAAGGGCGAUCAGCAGGCAGCAUUCCAGGGGAGCACAGCACAGACAACAACCGAACAUACCCGUCUAUCCAGCUUAUGAACUAUUAUGGAAAAGGAAAAGUGAGAAUUACAUUAGUAACAAAGAAUGACCCAUAUAAACCUCAUCCUCAUGAUUUAGUUGGAAAAGACUGUAGAGAUGGCUACUAUGAAGCAGAAUUUGGACAAGAACGCAGACCUUUGUUUUUUCAAAAUUUGGGUAUUCGAUGUGUAAAGAAAAAAGAAGUAAAAGAAGCUAUUAUUUCAAGAAUAAGGGCAGGAAUCAAUCCUUUCAGUGUCCCUGAACCACAGCUGCUUGAUAUUGAAGAUUGUGACCUCAAUGUGGUGAGACUAUGUUUUCAAGUUUUCCUCCCUGAUGAACAUGGUAAUUUGACAACUGCGCUUCCUCCUGUUGUCUCUAACCCAAUUUAUGACAAUCGUGCUCCAAAUACUGCUGAAUUAAGGAUUUGUCGUGUAAACAAGAAUUGUGGAAGUGUCAGAGGAGGAGAUGAAAUAUUUCUACUUUGUGACAAAGUUCAGAAAGAUGACAUAGAAGUUCGUUUUGUGUUGAAUGAUUGGGAAGCGAAAGGUAUCUUUUCACAAGCUGAUGUACACCGUCAAGUAGCCAUUGUUUUCAAGACUCCACCAUAUUGCAAAGCUAUAACAGAACCAGUGACAGUAAAAAUGCAGCUGCGGAGACCUUCUGACCAGGAAGUUAGUGAAUCUAUGGAUUUUAGAUAUCUACCAGAUGAAAAAGAUACUUAUGGCAAUAAAUCAAAGAAACAAAAAACAAGUCUACUUUUCCAGAAAUUGUGGCAGGAUUGUGUUAAUUUUCCUGAGAGACCAAGACAUGGCCUAGGAUCAACUGGAGAAGGAAGAUUCAUCAAAAAAGAAUCAAAUGUGUUUUCUCAUGCGACAGCUUUGACAGAAAUGCCCAGGCCUUCAGGAGUUCCAAGUCAAGCAUCCUACUAUUCCUCACCUGUGUCCAUCUCAAGUGUACUGUCACAUCAUGCUUCAGCCAUACCCUCAGUGGUACCUCAGCCUUCUUCAAGCUGGUCAUCAAUGGCCCACCCCACCUCACGCUCAGGCAAUACAAACCCACUGAGUACUUUUUCAACAGGGACACUUUCCUCUAAUUCACAAGGUAUCCCAUCAUUCCUGGAAAUACCUGUUGUGAGUGAUUUAAAUUCUUCUAAUGCUUGUAUUUAUAACAACACUGAUGACAUAAGCAGAAUGGAAGCAUCACCCAUGUCACCAGCUGACUUAUAUGGCAUUUCUGAUGCCAACAUGCUGCCUAAUUGCCCUGUGAAUAUGAUGCCACCCAGCAGUGAUAGCAUGGGGGAGAAUGAUAAUCCAAGACUUGUGAUCAUGAAUCUUGAAAACCCCUCUUGUAAUUCAGUGUUAGACCCAAGAGACUUGAGACAGCUCCAUCAGAUGUCCUCUUCCAGUAUGUCAGCAGGUGUCAAUUCCAAUACUACUGUUUUUGUUUCACAAUCAGAUGCAUUUGAGGGAUCUGACUUCAGUUGUGCAAGUAACAGCAUGAUAAAUGAGUCGGGACCACCAAACAGUACUAAUCCAAACAGUCAUAAUUUUGUUCAAAGUAGUCAGUACUCAGGUAUUGGCACUAUGCAAAAUGAGCAAUUAAGCGACUCCUUUGCGUAUGAAUUUUUUCAAGUAUAACUUGCAAUAUUUAAAUCCUUUUAAAUGUUUGUAGUCAUUUUGAUACUACGUACAUAGAUGCAGCAUUUUAUAUUUGACCCAGAAUAUAACACAGGGCUUUUUUUUGCUGUUUGUUUUUGAAGGAUGGUAGUCCAAAAACAACUUUUUUAGGUAAGAAGUAUAAAACUUCGGGUAUAUAGAAUACAAAAUUGGAAACUGUCAAAAAAAGAAAAUUCAGAAAUAGACACUUAAAAGGGCUUUACCAUUUCUUCAUUUGAAAGGAGAGACCUGCUAACAUGUUUGGUAUGAUUCUGUCUUUAGAGUCCCACUGAAUUUCCCCAGGAUAGAAUCUGAGGAGAAUGUUAAAAUAA